CUUUGCCAAACAACAAACCCAUUGCCAUUUUUCUUUCCUCUCAAUGUACUUGCAGUUGAUCUAGGAAGAUAAAGGGAUCUUCUUCUUCCUAUUCUGUUAAAGAGAGAAAGUGAAUGAGAUUUUUCCAUCUGUAACAGAGAAACAGUGGAAUUGGAAAACAGGGGGAAAAAUAAGGGAAAAAAGAGGUGGUGUUGCUUUGUGUGGGUUUUUGCGUCACGAUCAUUGGCUGCACGUGGAAGCCUAGAAGUUUCGUGCCGAUGCUCGUCUUCCACCUUCUUCGGUUUCUCCCUUCCCUGCAACUGCAACCCCUUCCAUUUUUCUCCUCUAAUCUCUAUUCUUCAACCUCAUGCGAUGCAGUUUUUGUAAUGCCCCAAAAUUUAGUUCAAUGUCCACUAGCUGACUUGUAGCUUUGUGAAUUAUGGCUUUAUGUGGGGAUCAUAAAGACAGAGAGGUGAGGAUCCAUGAAAGUUUGGAGGAGCUAAGUACUGAUUUAGCUGACUAUGUUGCUGAAUUAUCAGAGGCAUCUGUGAAAGAACGUGGGGUAUUUUCUAUUGCGUUAUCUGGUGGUUCUCUAAUUAGCUUAAUGGGAAAGCUCUGUGAAGCUCCUUACAACAAGACUGUCGACUGGGCCAAGUGGUAUAUAUUUUGGGCUGAUGAACGUGUUGUUGCAAAAAGCCAUGCCGACAGCAAUUAUAAGCUUGCAAAGGAUAACCUUCUUUCCAAGGUGCCAAUUGUUCCCAGUCAUGUACACUCGAUCAAUGAUUCAGUGUCAGCUGAGGAAGCUGCCGAUGAGUACAAGUUUGUCAUUCGACAGUUAGUUAAAUCCCGGAUCGUUAGUGUGUCUGAUGUGAGUGACAGUCCCAAGUUUGACCUCAUACUACUUGGAAUGGGUUCUGACGGCCAUGUUGCCUCAUUAUUCCCCGAUCACUCGGUGCUUGAGGAGAAAGAUGAAUGGGUUACUUUCAUAACCGAUUCUCCAAAACCUCCUCCAGAGAGAAUCACCUUCACAUUGCCUGUGAUCAACUCUGCAUCAAAUGUGGCAAUUGUUGUAACAGGUGAAAACAAAGCAGAGACCGUACAUUUGGCCAUCGAUGAUAUAGGAGCAGACUGCCCCCUCCUACCUGCGAGGUUGGUACAGCCAAGGAAAGGAAAGUUGGCAUGGUUUUUGGAUAACCAUGCUGCUUCAAAACUCGACAAUUACCAAUUUUCCGAGUAGUCUUAAGCUGUUCCCGAUGCGGUGUAUCUCUGUAUGUAGUUGAUGGAUUUCAGCAGUUGUGGUUCCUUAUCUCUUCAUUUCGAUCCCACAUUUUAUUUCAUCCCCUCCUCCCUUUUUGUUUUGGAUCACAUUCUCCAUAUUUUGACUUCUCUUUAUUUCUUUGCUGGAGUGAUGGGAGAAGUGUGAAUCUCCUUUCAUUUUGUAAGCAGAGCUAAAUAAGGUAAGGUCUCAGUGAAAAGCAGAUGGUUUUGUAGGACAGUUGCUGCUAUGUAUAUGUUGAAGCCAGCAGAAACAUCAAUGCAAAUUUGUAAAAAGCAGCCAUCACAAAUAUAUUGAAUUUCUCUCAUUUCUUUCUCUCCUCUCAUUCAAUUUGGUAGAGGAAAACCCACAUAAGUUGUAAGAAAUGUGGGGAAAAGUUUGGUAAUCCUAUCAUUGGUUAUGACAUCAGAUUAAGCAAUUGAAUACAAAUCUUAAUUA